UCUCCGAGCAAACGGACCACAACAGAGCACGCUCUCGUCCACUCGCCAAUCUCAACUUAUCCACCACCACCUCGACUACAUUACUUUACACAACGCCAACCAGCUACAAAACUUCACUUUCUUCAUUAGACGGCAACAACCUUGCGGUUUUCUUUCCAGCGAAAUCUUCUUCCUCAAAGUUACAUUACGGCAUCCUGAAAAUUUCACAAUUUCUCAAACUCCCAAAAAACAAUUUACCUACGACGUACUUACUGAUCUCUGUUUCGCUCUCUUAACACUCCAGCGGUUUCGUGUUUAAUAACGGACAUACUUUCCUGAGAAAACUGAUAAAUGUUGUUGUUUCAUACACGUAUUUUCCUUCUUUUUGAUCUGCUCCUACAUAACUGCUGAUUAAGCGAGAAACUAUUAACUUUUCAACCUUGUUUGUUUAACCAAGUGGAAAUUACGAGGGCAAAACAGGUCUGAAAAACAACCCUGUUUGAUCUCGAGUGUGAACCAAUUGUGUGAUUUUUGUGUCAAGUAAACAAUUUUUUGUGGAACAAUUUCUCCACGAGAAUGACUUUCAUCCAGGCAAAGGGCUAAUCAAGCCUGUAAAAAAAUCAUCCAUACCUACCAUCACACACCUCUUACUCAUUCGGCAUACGUAUGUAAAUGCGCUCUAUUAAUUUUGCAAUAAUUGCUUGAGUCACAAACUUGUGAAAAAAAGUUGAGACAUUUCACGCUGCGAGUGUACACACAGAAAACUCUGAACUUUUCCCAUCGGUUAGUAUCGUUCUUCUUCUCUUCCCCUCUUGAAAUGGAAAAGCUACUUUCUCCUUCCUCUGCAUAAAGGAGAACGCAAAGAACAAGAAGUAGGAACGUAUUUGUUCCUAUAAAAUUGAAUAGUUUUUCCUCUCGAGCAGAGAUAGUCAGCCUGUUUCUGUGGUUUUCUUAGUGGUGUGUGUUGGAUAGUGAUAGCCGAAUAAUAAGGACGUCUACUCUCUCUAAACUCCUAGUCGAGAGGGUGAUACAAAGGAAGAAAAAUUACAAAAGUUUAAACCCCAAAACUCAAAACUAAACAAAUAAAAGACGUAUUUGAAACCUAAUUUAAUUUUUCCUUGUUAGACUUUAAGUUUAAAACUUGCCUGAAAACAGUUCACAAGACCAAGGCAGCUUGGGGAAUUCCAAUUCCUGGAAAUUUAUUAACCUUCGGACAACUCGGGGAAGAAGCAAGAACUCCAAAAAUUGCCGAUCUUCCCAAUCCACUCCCAAGAAAAGGGAAAGGAAAGGAAACUUUAACCUUGAUUGCGACAUUGGCAACAAACGCCCCCACAAAAAAAUUCAACCCUCAACCACUUGCACAACAACUAGCCCAUUUCCAUCGGUCGAUCCAUCACGCCAUUACUGGAAGUAAGUAAGUGAGCGCUGGCAACUUUUAAUCCUCCAGAUCACCAUUCUCGGCUUAUGGAAAUCCUCUCCUAUUUUGGUCAAUCAAACCGAUGCGGUUUAACAAUCCAGAAUAAAAUUGAAGGUGACAAACUUCUCCUCCAAAGCGAACAACAACAUAAACAUCAACUCGACUGCCCAAAACCACAACCAACUUAAGUAAGCACACACGAAGAUCAAGACGUAGUAGCAGCAGCAGGUCCUAAAUCCCUAAGAAAUUCACCCCAAGAAGUCUUAAGUAUUACGCAAUGCUGGCUGGCGGACAGAGAUGAAUUUUGUGAACAAAAUGUCCCCGAAUAUAUUAGCAGCACCAUCAACAUUGUCAUCUCUCGUACAAGUAGUGACAUUGACAAUGACACCGACACGACUCCUCAUCAUUCCGACGCUUCUCCUCGUCAUUGCGUCAAACCAAGGAUUGGUCCGGCACGUUCAAUGUGGUCAAGUCGUCGAGCCGUCGUCGUCCACCCCUGGUCCGCACAUCGAUCCCAACAAUACGCCACCGUUUUAUCACCCGACCGGAAUCGGGGCUGGGUACGGACAACAAUACGCGUCCUUUGAAGAAUUGCAAAAACUUGUGGAAAAUCCGUUCGAGAAUAAUACCGCCGUGAACUUGACGGUCCCAUUGGGCGACACGGCCUACCUCCGCUGCAAAGUUAGGAAUCUCGGAGAACGCACGAUUUCGUGGGUGCGACGGAGAGACUGGCACAUUUUGACGAGUGGGGUCACAACCUAUACGAAUGAUGAGAGAUUCAACAGUCUUCACGUGGAUGGGACGGAUGACUGGACGUUGCAGAUAAAAUUUUUGCAGAAGCGUGAUAAUGGGACUUACGAAUGCCAGGUAUCAACUGGGACUGGGAUCGUGUCAUAUUUAGUCCACCUGCACAUCGCCGUUCCCGAGUCCUUCAUCCUGGGAAAUGGAGAGUACCACAUCGAACAAGGAAGCACCAUAAAUCUUGUCUGUGUGAUUGAAAAGAGUCCAAAGCCUCCAGAGUACAUUUUUUGGUACCACAAUGACCGCAUGAUCAACUACGGCAACUCGAGAGAGGUUACUGUUCAGACGGAACCAGGAAGCAAGACCCAGUCGCGUCUCACUAUCAGAAACGCACAAUUAAGCGAUACAGGCAAUUACAGCUGUACCACGCCCCACGCCGUACCAGCUUCCACACUUGUCUACGUAUCUCAAGGCGACCAAAUCGCGGCGAUUCAGAAGCGAAAAGCGGCCGCAGAUUCGGCCGCGGCAGCCUCGUCGGCCUCCGCAUCUGCAUCCGCUUCCACGACCUCGACGGCCACAGCUUAUCAAGCGAACCACCCCUUCACCUCCCUCCUCGUGCUUAGCAGCAUCACCCUGUUUUGUAAUUAUGCCACAAAUUUGAGAUCAUAUUUUGCCGUGCCUCUUAUCCUCUCCAUUUCCACGCAACAACAAAACGUACAACAGCACGGAGACCAGGCACGAGUGACACUUUGAUCCCGAAAAGAUCUCGGGUGAAAGUGAAAGCUUUUGUAAAUUCACAUUGUACAAGGAAACCAAUUUGAAUGAUGCAAGGGGGCACUAUUUUUAUACCCAACAAUCUUCCUCCAAUACAUUUCUACUACAAGUUGGUCCAAGAUUUUUGAUAAAUCAGGUCAAGUAAUAAAACUAAGAACCACCCUCAUCGUGUCACUAUUGUUACCUACUUGCAUAACAAUUUAUUAAGUAAUGCUUAAAUAAAUUAGUAAUUUUAAUUAUCAAAAUGUAUCAUAAAAUUAUAUCAUCUGCAAUCUGCAUGCAUCUCAUUUCGUAAGGCGUACACACUCAAUGUUCAGUAUAUCAAAGAAAUAUUUGUAUAUAUUCAAAAAAAAAUUAUCCAAGAAGUCAACUGUGAUAUUAAUGAUAAGAAUUAUGGUAAUUAAUUAUUUAAGUACGAUUAUGCGAUACAGUUAAUUUUGAAUUUAGUGAUUUAAUACAAAACAAUUGUUUAAUUCAGAUAAGAAAAUCUCAAAUUUUGUGUUUCUUUUUUAUGUAAAACAAAAAUAUGUAGGUAUAUUUCUUUAUGUGCAUUUUAACUCUUUUUAAAUUUGAAUAUCGUCUCAACUACUUCACGUAAAAUUAACAAUAUGUAAAUAUUUGUAUUGAUGGCUCAUGAUAAAUACGAAUGCAUACCUUAAUUAGUUAAUCACCGUAAUUAAUUCGUGUAUUAAAUAUUAAAAUACAUAAUUACAUAUACAUACAAAUACCUGAAUUGAUGUCUCUAAAAUUACAAAGAAUGACUUAAUGUUGAUAUACCGUUAUAGUUGUAAAAUUGUGUAAAAAAGUUUGUGGUAUGCAAGCAGUAAAGUGCGGUACACACGGGAUAUGAUAAUUUGGAGAGCCAGUAAAAAUGAUAAAAUUGCUACUGCAUCAAUUUCUGACUUUCUUCUCCUCAUUGUUAUUUAAGUAAGUAAGUAAUUGUAAAAAUAGCUCUGACCCGAUAUUUGUGAAGGGAUGAUUCAAACAUAAUAAUAAAGUUAUUAUCACAACGUGA